AUGACGGAAGGGAUUGAGAGUGCCUUGAUGGCAUUGCAAGGGCUUCAUUACAAUGUCACCGGUUGCAUAUUUUUCCUACAAACCGAGAUAGUUCUUAUAUUAAAGCCUACCAUUGAGGAGCUGGAGACGGAGGCCGUUUGUUUGAUCCGUGAUAGAUUUGACGGAGAGGGAGAAGAAGGGGGACAGGAAGAAAGUGGUGAUGAGGGAGAGGAAGAGAGUGGUGAUGAGGGAGAAGGAACAAGAUUGCAAUUGACAGGGGGGUCGAGGGAGGAUAGGGAGGAGCUGGAGGCGGAGAAGAUUCAGUUGGAGAGAGAUAGGGAAGAGUUAAAGCAGGAGAGAGAAGUAGUAAGCAAGGAGGUGGAACUAGUGCUAAAAGUGAGAAAAGCCCUGAGGUCAGAGAAGGAAGAGUUGAAUGAGAGGACAGUUUUAAAGAUGGAGAGGGAAAUGCUAAAGAGGGAGAAGGAAGAACUGAGGUUAGAGAAGGAAGAGUUAGAGGAGGGUAAGAUAGAGUUGAAGAAGCAGAUGGAGGCAUUUCUUUUAGAGAAGAUGCAGUUUUGA